UUGUUUCGUUUCAGCAUAUUGGAGUUGUAUCCGGGCGUUUAUUGUCAUGAAGCGACUGGUCCUGUUUCACAUUAUUCAAACUUAUAUUCCUACAGGUAUGCUGGUUUCCAUAUCAUGGAUGACAUUUUGGCUGGAUCCACACGAGCAUCUCCAGCUCGAAUCACCUUAACAAUUACUAGUCUUCUGACUCUAACUACUAUGAGCAAUGGAGCCCGGCAAGAUCUUCCACAGGUGUCUUACAUCAAGGCACUCGACAUCUGGUUGACUUUCUCACAGGCCUUGAUAUUUUUGGUACUACUGGAAUAUUCGUUUGUCAGUUACUACAUCACUAGACGGCGAGGUAUUGAUUGCGACUAUCGUACUUGUACUUUCAACGCACAGGCAAGCAACUCAACAGCAAUUAACAACAAAAAUGUCGUGAGUAAUGUCAAUUUUGCCAACGGUUGCCCAAGAAUUCGAAAAAAAAGAAAAGAAUAUUCGGAAUAA